AUGGAGGUUCCUGAACGGAAAGUCGACCCAGAAUUUACUUCAUGUUCGGCGGAAGUAACGCCCCUCUGUGAGCCUUGCCGGGCCGAUGGGAAGAAACUAGAGGCCCAUGGCUUCUGCAACAACUGCAAUGAGUACAUGUGUCCGUCUUGCAUCAAUGUGCAUGGAAACCUGACAGCCACAAAACAUCACACUGUUCUUGACAAGCAGAAAAUGCCCUCUCAAUAUCCAUCAAGUAGAAAGGCUCCAGACGUCUCGGGGUUGGAACUUUGCAAAGAACAUCCACCGGAAGCAAUCAAGUUCUUCUGUCCAACACAUGCGCACUUAUCUUGCGGGGAUUGCAUUGUUCUAAACCACAGGGUUUGCAAGGUUGAUUACAUACGGGAAGUUGCGCCUAAAUUUAUAAAAAGCAGAGAGUUCAAUAUAAUAUUGGAAAAAUCUUUGAAAUUGGAGGAAGAUUUGAAAAAAAGUGAAGAAAAACUUAAUGCAAACGAGCAGGUGGUCAUGGACUUAUGUAAAGUCGAACUAAAAAAGAUUAAAGAUUUUAGGGUUAAAAUCAACGAAUAUCUUGACAAACGAGAACAGACACUCAAGAAAUCCAUUGACAAUGCAAGAAUACAAGACACUGACCGCCUACAGUCAUUGCGAGGAUAUAUAAACACUGCGAAAUCAACAUUAGCUAAGACGACGGCUAUGCUUCAAUCUCAAAAUAUGAACGCUAGCCAGCUCUAUGUAGAAGCAAGACAAUCACAGAAGAUGUUAGACGAUAUGCGAACUUUGAUAAUGCAAAUAGAGAUGAGCAACCGUGCCACGCGUUACAAAUUUAAUCACGAUAAGAAGACCAAAGACCUGUUGUCAUGGGUAGACGGAAUAGGGACGAUACUUGAUGAACGGAUGAUAGAGGAACAAUGUAAGUUCAGCAACUGA